AAGAAGGCCAUGGAGGCUCUCCACUGCAAGCGCACACUCCCAUCUAUGACACACCCAAUGCAGGUUAAGCCGCCUCAUACUCCUGAACGGAAUCGAGAGGAGCGAAAGCUUUUCAUCGGCAUGCUCUCUAAGAACAGCGACGAGGAAUUCGUUAAGAAGAUGCUUAGCGACUAUGGCACUGUCGAAGAGUGUGAUUUGAUGCGUCACAGAAGCGGCAGGACCAAGUGCUGUGCAUUUGCCACGAUGGGGUCCAGGGACGAGUGCCUGUCUGCCAUGAAGGGACUGCACCGUUCCAGGACCAUGGAGGGUGCCUCCGAAGCCCUCGUGGUCACGCUUGCCGACUCUAAGCGCGAGAGGGAGGCAAGAAUGCUGCAGCACAGCAUGAGAGCCUCCGGUGGAGGAUACGUAUAUAUGACUGCGGACGGCUAUCCACGGCUUGCAGACCAUAUGGCAUUGCAACCAUUUUCAGGCGUACAUGCACAAGCAGCUCUUGCAGCAGCAGCAUCCACUGGCGUAGCUCCACCGUCCUUGAUGGGUAACCCCAACCCAGCUGCAUACCAACCUCAACAGCAAGUCCCCGUUGAGUGGGCAGUUUGCUUUGAUACGGCAGUUACAUCUCUUUUCUUCCGGCUGUCUGAGGACUUUGGCGUUGUGGCCCUUGACUAUCGAGGCUAA